AUGGAGUCCGAAUCGCGAGCCAAUGAGAUGAAUCCACGUGGCUACGAGGCUGCUUUGGUGGCACUCUCCGGUCUGAUUAGUCCGCAGAAGCGCGCCGAUGGCCGAAACUGGGCGGAUGAUUUCGCCCUCAUGCGCUCUUACGUGAAGGUUGGACUGUGGCUCUCUCAAGCUAAGGUUCUGGACCUGGAGGGACCAGUUGACCAGCUCAGCAUCAUCCACGUGGCAGGCACCAAAGGCAAGGCAAGAAACCAACACGGCGGACCGUUGCACUUCACUCGUGUCGUGGUUCACCUGGCUCCCCUCAGCCAGGGGUCCACGUGCGCCAUGGCGGAGAGCAUGCUGAGGGCCAGUGGCCACACCACGGGGCUCUUCACCUCGCCUCACCUCGUGGACGUCCGAGAGCGCUUCCGCCUCAACGGGGAGAUGGUGCCAGUUGAUACGUUUCUGCAGCACUUCUGGUGGUGCUACGACCGCUGCAAGGAAGCAGCGUCCUCUCCCUCCUCCCCCAUCCCCAUGCCGGCCUACUUCCGCUUCCUCACUCUCCUUGCCCUACGUAUCUUCACGCACACUCAGGUUGACGUGGCAAUUCUGGAGGUUGGGAUUGGAGGACGAUUCGACGCCACUAACAUCGUCAAGCGCCCGGCAGUGUGUGGCGUGUCGUCACUGGGAUUCGACCACAUGGAGCUGCUGGGAAACACCCUGGCUCUGAUAGCUGGCGAGAAGGCUGGGAUAUUUAAGGCAGGAGUGCCGGCAGUGACGGCGCCACAGGAGGAGGAGGCAAUGGAGGUGCUCAGGCAGCGAGCAGCAGAGCUGCAGAUUCCCCUUAAGGUGGCCAGGCCGUGGCAUGAGGUAGCGCCAGGUGUCCGCGUGGGAUUGGCGGGCCGGCACCAGCAGGUGAACGCAUCGCUGGCCGUCUCUCUCUGCCGCCAGUGGGCCAUUCGCAGUGGCAGGGAAGAGGAGGCACGUGCAGUCGAUGAGGCCCUGGCUAAUAAGACACUGCCACUUGCUUACAUCAAAGGGCUAGGGGGUGCCUCCUGGCCGGGCAGCAAAGUGGAAGCCAAGACGCCUGUGCGGGUGUUGCUGUUCAACUGCAUGCCUGAGCGGGACCCUCACACACUUAUGACGCAGCUGCUUAGGACACUUGAGCGCAAAGGCCUGUCUCUCCAUCGAGCCCUCUUUGUCCCCUCCCUCUCAUCCUACACCGCCCUCCUCCCCUCUCCAUCAUCCUCCGCACCUUCCUCGGCUUACCUCCCCUCAUCCGACUCCACUGGCUUGGCUCCUAAUUUGACGAGCCAAAGCACCAGCUCUGGCACCGAUGCUAGUGGCACGAGGCAGAGCAGCAGCCUCGGCCAAAGCAGUCUGGUUUGGCAGCUAGCCAUGCAGCAAACAUGGGAACAGCUGCAGCAGCAGCCUCUGCAUGCUGUUAAUUUUGCUGCCGCUGCUUCCGAUAUUGGAGCUGCUCCUGCUGCUGCUCCUGCUCCUGCUUCUGCUGCUGGUUCAGGUGGCCGUUCAGUUGACUCGAUUCCUGCUUCGCACGUGUCGGCGGGAAAGAUAAUCCCGAAAUACCGAGUGGCCUUGUAG